GGAAGUCUCCCGCGUACUCGCUGUCCAGCUCGACAGCGGUGUAAGUCAUGGAUGUCGACGAGGGGGUCAGGUAGAGGCUUUCACCUCCGGCCGUGUGUGGUGUUUAGGGAGCUGACGGCGGCGAUGGAGCAGUUACAGGUGUUGGUGGAAACACAGAAAUGAUCUUCUCAACACUCUGACCUGAAGAGAAACAACACAGACUGUCAGCCAUCCCAGGGCUGCAGAUGGAGAAUGGAGACCUGGGUCACAUGAUGGGGAAGCAAGUGACUCUGAACGUGGGUGGCUGCAUGUACAGCACGUCUCUGUCCACACUGCAGCGUUAUCCAGAUUCCAUGCUGGGAGCCAUGUUCAGAGGACACCUCCCCACCGUGAGGGACACACAUGGAAACUACUUCAUCGACCGCGACGGCCCGCUGUUUCGCUACAUCCUUAACUUCCUGCGGACGUCCGAGCUGACGCUGCCGUGCGAUUUCAAGGAAAUGGAGCUGCUCAGGAAGGAGGCUGACUUCUAUCAGAUCGAACCCCUGAUCCAGUGCCUGGGAGACCCCAAACCUGUGCUGCCUUAUCCCACCGACACUUAUGAGGAGGUGGUGGAGCUGUCCAGCACCAGGAAGCUGUCUAAGUACUCCAACCCCGUCGCUGUCAUCAUCACCCAGCUCACCAUCACCACCAAGGUCCACGCAGUGUUGGAGUCCAUCUCUAGCAGUUUCACAAAGUGGAACAAACACAUGAUGGACACCAGAGACUACCAGGUGUCCUUCACCUUCGGACCAUGUGACCACCAACAAGAAGUCAGCCUGCGUGUCCACCUGCUCGAUUUCAUCUCCAAAGCUGGAUUCACAAUACGCAACACGCGUGUUCACCACAUGAGUGAACGAGCCAAUGAGAACACAGUGGAACAUAACUGGACGUUCUGCCGACGAGCUCCCAAACUUAACGACUGACAGAUGAACCGAAGGAUGAAUUGAUUCACUGACAGACGGACGAGCUUAUCAGGGUGUCUGCAGACAGACAGAGACUUGGUGGCGGUGGUUUUGUUGUUAUGUGUUAAUGUUCCUCAGUCUACUCAGAGCUGAAGCGCAAGACCAGGUUACCGGAAGGCUAGCACAUUAGCCACAUGUGGUACAUUAUCAUGAGCCUUUAACAUAUGUUACCUUUGUUUUAUCAUUCACAUUAUAUGGCCAAAAAUAUGUGGACAGCCCUACAAUACAAUAUUUUUGCAACAGUGUUCUUCCAACUUUGUACCAACAGUUUGUGUUUGGCCCUUUCCUGUUUCAACAUAACAGUACCUCCGUGCACAAAGCAAGAUCCAUGAAGAAAUGGUUUUCCCAGUUUGGUGUGAAAGAACUUGACUGGCCUGCACAUAGAUCGAUCCAUCUGUCCAUCUAUCCAUCUAUCUAUCUAUCUAUCGAUCUAAUAGCUGCAGUGUUCAAUUGUCCACAUACUAUGGUCACAUAGUAUAGGGUACCUACAUAUCUGGCAUAUCAGCAGUAUGACAAAUCUGUUAUACAUCAGUAACUACCAAUGAAUAUUAACUGCAAAUAA